AUGGAUAGAACCACGGAUAAAGAGCAAAACCUCUCUGCCGAUUUCUUUUGUAAAAAAGCCCUCGAGCCCCGACCCAGGCCCUGGGGACCCUCGAGGAAAAACUUCUGGUCCCUCCCGCCCCGCUUGCUCGGCUCUAGCGCUCUCCGAGGCGGCUGGGGCCCGCCCGCGGCUACCAGCACGACCCGGCAACCAUGGCAGCGCGGGGAGCGCGGGGCCCGCGCGGCGCGGGCAGCUUGGGGCGUCCUCCCCACGGGCCCAGGCCGGCGCCCCGCGCCUCCCACCCUCUCCCCCAGCCGCCCGCGCCUUCCCCUGGGCUCGGAUUCCGGCCGCGCCCUCUUCCUCCUCCACCGCCGGUGGACCUGCGCGCGUUACCUGGUUCAUCUCCGAAGAGAUGGAAACACUCAUCUCUGGAGCUGCGAUGGGGAGCAGGAGGAAGCGGGAGGGAAUCGGCCCCACGGAAAGCGCCUCGAAGCCGCGAAGGAGAGAGCGAUCGGGCGGGAGGACGAGCUCGCGGUCCGCGGAGGCUGCGAGGAGGGGAAAGCGCCACCAAGGUCGCGGGGAGUCGCUCGCUCGCUCGUUGGCACUGCCCCGCCGAAGCAGCACGCAGAGACGCUGCCCAGCAGUCCCAAGCGGCCGACCUGCCCGCGCGUCCCGGAGACACUGCCGCCGCCGCCGCCCGCUCCCGCCGCUUCCCCUAUCACGUCACCACGUGCGCCGCCGCCGUCCCCGCCGCCGCCAGCGCCUCCCGGCCGCUUCCGGCUCGAAUCCGUCAGCGAAUCACAGGCGAGCCCCAGAAAGUUCCCGCUCGCGGCGCCGCCCCUGUUGGCCCCGCCCCGCCCCGUUCUUGUCCUUCACCCUCGGGUUCCUUCCUGCGCAGCCGAGCUAGGUCAGUGCAAGGUGAUCUCGGGGCGAGAGCGAGCGCGUCUCCUCAGUGGCCGCGCGGUCGCCCGGCCUCCCCUCGCCCAGCACCCUCCAAGCCUCACCCUUUCGGGCCGUCCGGAACUGGUUCUCUCCAGCUGCCCUCACCUGUUCUGCAUCUCUAGAGGCACAAUAGCCAGAGAGAUUAAAAGAGGCAAACCUGUUAAGGGGAAACGUGCUGUGUUCUGGCCUCUGACAGCAACUUCUUGCGAGACUCUGAAGGGCACGCUGGAAGUUUCCUAGUUUGAAGAAACACAAUACUAGGGGCCACAGUUCCUAGCACCCUUACACUUAGCUUUGAUAAACUGAAGUAUUGUAUGAGGACUUCAUAAAAGUGUCCUUCAAAGGGAAGAGGAGUACCCUUCUGCCUUCCUUUUUCCUGCUGGCUGGGAUGCAGGAAAGCCAAGCAGCCAUUUGGAUCAUGAUGUGACAGGCCAGGGAUGACCAGCACAGGGCCACAGGAAGAGGCUGGCUUCCGAAGUCCUUUUGAGCUGCCAUUCCUGAUCUGGACUGCCAAACUCUAGGCUUUCUCUAUGUAAAAGGAUAACAAACUUGAGUCUUGUUUAAGCCAAAAACGGAAGUGGAAAUAACCAAUUCAGUGAUUUCCGUCAUUUAAAAAAAAUCUCCCUUCGCUGUAUUA